AUGGGAGACUACGAGGUCACCCAGUACCCCUCGCUCCUCCGGAGCGAGCACAUGACCCUCGUACAGCUCUUCUGCCCGAUCGACGUCGCGCACGCCACGGUCGAGGCACUCGGCGAGCUCGAGCGCAUCCAGUUCAAGGAUCUCAACCCCGACGUCAACCCGUUCCAGCGCACCUACGCCGAACGCCGCCUCCGUUUCCUGACGCAGCAAAUCGCCUCUCAAGGGAUCCACAUCCGCCCCGCCUCCGAGACCCUCGCGCUCCUCUCCGGCCGUUCAGGCCCCCAAGCACUCGACGACCUCGACACGCGCCUUUCCGAGUCCGAGUCGCGCGUCCAGGCGAUGAACACCUCGUUCGAGAACCUCGAGAAGCGGGCUUUGGAGCUGGAAGAGGCGAGGCAGGUCCUCCGCGACACCGAGAGGUUCUUCCUUGAAGCUCAGGGAGGACGUGGAGCGCCGGGAGAUUACAGGGCCAGCUUUGAACAGGGAGAGAUGGAGGCGCCGUUGUUGGGCGAUGUCGAGCAUGCUGGACCGGCUGGAGGUGCGGGCGACGCCGCUGCGGGUGGCUUCGAGCUUGAGUUUGUCGCCGGCACGAUCGACCGCUCGCGCAUGGCUACCUUCGAGCGAGUCCUCUGGCGCGUCCUGCGCGGCAACCUCUACAUGAACUCGGCCGAAAUCGCCGACGACGUCCUCCCCGUCCCCUCGACUAUGCAGGGCACGUCCGACUCGGCUGGAGGCGAGGAGAAGCGUCUUCGCAAGAACGCGUUUGUCAUCUUUGCCCACGGUCAGGACUUGUUGGACAAGAUUCGCAAGAUUGCCGAGUCGAUGGGCGCGACACUCUUCGCCAUCGACUCGUCCUCGGACAAGCGUUCCGACAAGCUUCGCGAAGUGACCUCUCGCAUCGAAGACCUCCACUCGGUCCUGUACAACACGAACCAGACCCGCCGCGCCGAGCUGCUCAAAAUCGCCGACUCGAUCUCGGCUUGGUGGGCGCUCGUCAGGAAGGAGAAGGUCGUCUUUGCGACACUCAAUAUGUGGCAGUGGGAUCAGGGGAGGAAGACGCUUGUGGCCGAGGGGUGGGUCCCGACGAGGGAUAUCCCGCAGGUUCAGGCGGCGCUCAGGAGGGCUUCGGAGAACGCCGGCACGUCCGUCUCUGCGCUCUUACACGAGCUGCGCACGACCAAGACGCCCCCGACCUUCCACCGCACGAACAAGUUCACCGAAGGGUUCCAGAACAUCAUCGACGCGUACGGGAUCGGCUCGUACCAGGAAGUCAACCCGGGCUUGUUCACCGUCAUCACCUUCCCCUUCUUGUUCGCCGUCAUGUUUGGAGAUAUCGGUCAUGGAGCGUUGAUGAUGCUCAGCGCGUUGGUGCUCAUCAUGCUCGAGAAGAAGUUUGGCAAGAAGGGCAUGGGCAGCGAGAUCCUCGACACGUUUUACUUCGGCCGGUACAUCAUCUUCCUCAUGGGCGCCUUCGCCAUCUACACCGGAAUCAUGUACAACGACAUCUUCUCCCUCUCGCUCCGCCUCGGUCCGUCGCAGUGGCAUUGGCCCGACGAGGGGUCCGCAGGGAAGGCAGUCGAGGCGAUCCAGACGUCGAGCAGGUACUGGAUCGGACUGGAUCCUGGGUGGCACGGGGCGGAGAACGCCCUCAUCUUUACCAACUCGCUCAAGAUGAAGAUGUCGAUCGUGCUUGGCGUACUGCACAUGUCGUUCGCCAUCUGCCUCCAAGUCCUCAACCACCUUCACUUCAACCGCCCCGAGCUGAUCUGGGCCGAGUUCCUCCCCCAAAUCCUCUUCAUGGAGUCCAUCUUCGGCUACCUCGUCGUCUGCAUCGUCUACAAGUGGUCGGUCGACUGGGAGGCCGCCGGUCGCAACCCGCCCAAUCUGCUGAACAUGCUCAUCCAGAUGUUCCUCAGCCCUGGGAACGUCAACCCGGACGACCAGCUCUACCGCGGCCAAGCCUUCGUCCAAGUGUUCCUCCUCCUCCUCGCGCUCGUCUGCGUCCCCUGGAUGCUCUGCACGCGCCCCUACCUCGAGUACCGCGAGAUGCACAAGAUCAAGGAGCAAGGCUACCACGGGAUCCAGAAUGGCGAGAACGGCGCGCAUGCGACAGACGACGAGACGGAUACCGAUGGAGAGGGCGCGCAUCAGGGACAUGCGGUCGCGAUGACGGAGGAGGCGGAGGAGGAGGGACACGAUUUGGGAGAGGUCAUCAUCCACCAGGUCAUCCACACCAUCGAGUUCUGCCUCGGCUGCAUCUCCAACACCGCCUCGUACCUCCGACUCUGGGCUCUCUCGCUCGCGCACGCCCAGCUCUCGGAAGUCCUGUGGAACAUGACGAUCGAGAACGCGUUCGGCUUCGAGGGCGUCCUCGCCGUCGUCAUGCUCGUCUUCCUCUUUGCCAUGUGGUUCGUCCUGACUAUCGCGAUCCUCUGUGUCAUGGAGGGCUUGUCCGCCUUCCUGCACGCCCUCCGUCUGCAUUGGGUCGAGUUCAACUCGAAGUUCUUCAUCGGUGCCGGCACCGCCUUCGACCCGCUCACGUUCGAAGGAACAGACGAGAUACCCGAAGGCGUCAUCUAA